AUGGCAAUCAAGGAAGAGCUAAAGGAAGAAGUGGAGGAGGAAGGAGGAGGCAAAGAUGAGCUCGAAGCCCUUGACGCUCUCGAAAAGGAAGCAGCCGAAUACAACAAAGAUGCAGAAAUCGACCGUAUACUUAAAGCCUUCAAGCUAGAUGCCUAUGCAGUGCUCGACUUACAACCCGGUGUCCCUGAAUCCGAGAUCAAGCUAUGCUACAGAAAGAAAUCCCUCCUCAUACAUCCCGACAAAACGUCCAACCCUCGCGCCCCCGACGCUUUUGACCGCCUAAAGAAAGCCCAAACCGAACUCAUGGACGAAAAGCAACGCACCACGCUCGACGAAUGCAUUGCCGACGCCCGCAUGCUGCUCAUGCGGGAGCGUAAACUGACUGUCGACAGCGAGGAGGUAAAGAAUCCGGACAAGGAUUUUAGGGAGGCCUGGCGACGGAAGACGGUGGAGGUGCUGAUUGACAACGAGCAGAGACGGCGGAAACAGAUCAAGGCGCAGAUGCAGGAGGAGGGGAGGGAGCAGAGAAAGGUAGAUGAGGAGGUGGAGACUAGGAAGAGGCGGAGGGACCAUGAGGUGCAGUGGGAGCAGACGAGGGAGGGGAGGAUUGGGAGCUGGAGGGAUUUUCAGCAGAAGGCUAAGGAGGAGCCGGGGAAGAAGAAAAAGAAGAUGAAGGUGCUUGGCUGA